AUGGCUGAUUUACAAGGUCGCAAGGUCUUCAAGGUUUUCAACCAAGACUUUAUCGUGAACGAACAAUACAAUGUGACGAAGGAGCUCGGCCAGGGUGCCUACGGUAUCGUAUGCGCGGCUACCAACAUCCAGACCGGCGAAGGUGUCGCCGUCAAGAAGGUGACCAAUGUCUUCAGCAAGAAGAUCCUGGCCAAGCGUGCCCUGAGAGAGAUCAAGCUGCUCCAGCACUUCCGCGGCCACCGCAACAUCACAUGCCUCUAUGAUAUGGACAUUCCCCGACCGGACAAUUUCAACGAGACAUAUCUGUAUGAGGAGUUGAUGGAAUGUGACUUGGCUGCUAUUAUCCGGUCCGGUCAGCCGUUGACCGAUGCCCACUUCCAGUCCUUCAUCUACCAGAUCCUUUGCGGUCUCAAGUAUAUCCACUCGGCUAACGUACUGCACCGUGAUUUGAAGCCCGGUAACCUGUUGGUCAAUGCGGACUGCGAGCUUAAGAUCUGUGACUUUGGUCUGGCCCGUGGUUUCUCGAUCGACCCGGAGGAGAACGCAGGCUACAUGACCGAGUACGUCGCAACAAGAUGGUACCGUGCCCCGGAGAUCAUGUUGAGCUUCCAGAGCUACACCAAGGCUAUUGACGUCUGGUCCGUCGGCUGUAUCCUCGCCGAGCUCCUCGGCGGCCGUCCCUUCUUCAAGGGCCGCGACUACGUCGACCAGCUGAACCAGAUCCUCCACUACUUGGGCACACCAAACGAAGAGACUCUGGCGCGGAUCGGCUCACCCCGCGCCCAGGAGUACGUGCGCAACCUGCCCUUCAUGCCCAAGGUCCCCUUCAAGCAGCUCUUCCCCCAAGCCAACCCAGAUGCCCUGGACCUCCUGGACCGCAUGCUCGCCUUCGACCCAUCGUCCCGUAUCUCUGUCGAGGAAGCCCUCGAGCACCCCUACCUACACAUCUGGCAUGACGCCUCAGACGAGCCCAACUGCCCAACAACCUUCGACUUCCACUUCGAGGUCGUCGACGAGGUCCCGGAGAUGCGCAAGAUGAUCCUCGACGAGGUCGUUCGCUUCCGUGCUACCGUGCGCCAGCAAUCGCAGGCCCACGCUGCCCAGCAGCAGCAGAUCGCCCAGCAGACUAACGUCCCCAUCCCGGAUAACCAGCAGGGAUCCUGGAAGACUGAGGAUCCCAGGCCGCAGGAGGCUACCGCUGGCGGUGGUUACAACCCUAAUGACCUGGAGUCAUCGCUGCAGCGCGGCAUGGACGUACACCACUGA